AUUGGACGCGCAGGGAAGGUUACCAAGCAACGUCAGCGUAAUCUAAUUAAUAUUCAUAAGCCAAACCUUUUCCGUAGUAAGAUUCGUCAUUUGGCUCUGAGCUCAGCAGGAGCAGCAGUAGGGAACUGCACAUUGUUUUGGAUAGGAGUUGAGCUGUCAUUCGUCUCCGAGUGCAUCUCUGAGAGAAACAAAGGCGAAACGGCAACAACAGCACGACUUACUGUUUGGAAAGGCAUGCUCAAAUCACGCAGUUAUUUUUUCGACUAUGUUGGCAUAGUUUUUGAAUAACUGCACAUCUGUAUCUUAUGUCGCUAUUUCUGGAACGAUAUAAAUGACAUGGUUUUUGGCUUUUUAUGAAUAACGCGCUGAGGUGGAUGUUCAUCCUCUAGAACAGACUGGAGAAAGUUACGUUACAUAUUGGUUAAUAAAUUCAUGCGUUUUGGCAAUGACAACAAGCUACACAUUAUCAGAGGAGAACAGGAGGAUGGAUUUUGGCAGAAGAAGAAUGUCUUCACGCUUCUCCACGAGGUGUUUCUUAUGUAGGACUGAGGAGCUCAGGACGUACCUUUUCACGUUUAUGAUUUUUUACCUGCUAAUAUGCACUGAAGGAUCCUAUUCCAAAACCUGUGAUAAAAACUGCAUCUUUGGAAGAUGUAUCAAUGGAACUUGCGUCUGUGACCAGGGAUGGGCUGGAGAUCAAUGUCAACAUUGCCAAGGGAAAUUCAAGUUGACAGAGUCAUCAGGAUCACUCACUGAUGGACCAGUUAACUACAAGUACAAGACUAAAUGCACUUGGCUCAUUGAAGGAUAUCCAAAUGCUGUGCUGAGGUUGAGGUUCAACCAUUUUGCCACAGAGUGCAGUUGGGAUCACAUGUAUGUCUUUGAUGGAGACUCGAUUUACGCACCUUUGGUAGCUGUGUUUAGUGGCCUGGUUGUCCCAGAAACAAAAGGAAAUGAAACCAUUCCAGAGGUGGUAACCACAUCUGGGUACGCAUUGUUGCACUUUUUCAGUGAUGCUGCCUACAAUCUUACAGGAUUCAACAUCUUUUAUUCGAUAAACUCCUGUCCUAAUAACUGUUCAGGUCAUGGAAGGUGUUCUACGGGCAACUCCAUCUCUAGCAGUGUUUACUGUGAGUGUGAGCGUUACUGGAAAGGUGAGGCCUGUGAUAUUCCCUACUGUUGGGAUGACUGUGGCAGUCCUGACCGUGGAUACUGUGACCUCACCGGAGAAAAGCUCUGCGUCUGCAAUGAUAGCUGGCAAGGUCCAGAUUGCUCUUUAAAAUUUCCUUCGGCUGAACCGCACUGGUUUCUGCCUAACGUGAAGCCUGAUGGACAGUCACUAGGCCGGGCUUCUCAUAAAGCAGUGGUUCAUGGGAAGCUGAUGUGGGUGAUUGGAGGGUUCACCUUUAACUACAGCUCCUUUCAGAUGGUUAUAAACUAUAAUCUAGAGAGCAGCACAUGGGAUGUGGUUCCAAUCAAUGGUGGCCCUCUGCAGCGCUAUGGACACUCUCUGGCUCUUCACAAGGAUGAUAUCUACAUGUUUGGUGGGAAGCUGGAGGCAGGCUCUGGGGACAUAACAGAUGAACUGUGGCUGUUUGAUACACGUAGCCAUUCUUGGUCCCUCAGGACGCCCAGUCCUGGGCUGCAGGCCCAACACUUUGCCGUGGAGGGACAUACUGCUCACAUAGUGGACAACAGAAAUGGAGAGCCCAUCAUGGUGGUGCUUUUUGGCUAUUCAUCCAUUUAUAGCUACCUCAGCCACGUUCAGGAGUACAACAUUCGCACUAACUCCUGGACGGUGGCAGAGACAAAUGGGGCACUGGUGCAGGGAGGAUAUGGCCACAGCAGCAUUUAUGACAGCUCCUCACAUUCCAUAUAUGUCCACGGAGGAUACAAAGCCCUCCCUGCCAACAAAUAUGGCCUAGUGGAUCAUUUAUACCGCUAUCAGGUCCACACGCACACCUGGUUUAUUCUGAGGGAAAGCGGCCUGGCAAGAUACCUCCACUCCGCUGUGCUGAUCAGUGGAGUUCUGCUGGUGUUCGGGGGAAACACCCAUAAUGACACCUCGCUCAGUAACGGGGCCAAAUGCUUCUCCUCUGACUUCCUCUCCUAUGACAUAGCAUGUGAUGAGUGGACAGUUCUUCCAAAUCCCAGUCUUCAUCGUGACGUCAACCGUUUUGGACACACAGCAGUUGUCAGUAAUGGCUCAAUGUACAUUUUUGGUGGUUUCUCUGGUGUGAUUCUGAACGAUGUGCUGGCGUAUAAGCCUGCCAGCUGUGAGGCCUUCCUCGAGGUGGAUCUUUGUCAGAGCGCUGGUCCUGGUGUUCGUUGCAUCUGGAUCGAAGAACGCUGUGUAUCCUGGGACUCUAGCCAUGCUAAUGACAGUGUGCCUGCCUCCUUCUGCCCUGCACGCACCAAUCCAGCUGAUAAGCAGUGUCAGCAGUUUUCUGACUGUGCUUCCUGUACUGCCAACACCAAUGACUGCCAAUGGUGCGAAGACAAGAAAUGCAUCUCUUCUUCAAGCAACUGCACUGUGCUUACAAUUGAGCUUGCCCGUCACCCUCGAGGUCCCCUGUACCUCAACCCUCCCCCUGCCAUGCUGUCUGAGCACCAGCUCUCUAUUUGGAGACCCGGUGUGCGCAAAACCGGCCAGUCUGUGAAGAACUAUACUAAAUGCAGUGUUCGAGGUGAGCAGGUUUGUAGCAAACUGGCGAACUGCAGGAGUUGCUCGCUUAAUAUCAACUGUCAGUGGGAACCACAACAGCAGGAAUGUCAUGCUCUGCCUGCACACUUGUGUGGAGAGGGUUGGAGUCAGGUCGGAGAUGCAUGCCUGAGGCUGAAUGCCAGUAAGGAGAGUUAUGAUAAUGCCCAGCACUACUGUAAGAACCUGGAUGGCAACAUUGCCUCUCUAACCUCAGCCAGGCAGGUUGACUUUAUACUGGAUGAGCUGCAGAAGUAUCAGCUGCAGAGGAGGAAACUUACUCCCUGGGUGGGUCUAAGGAAGAUAAAUGUUUCAUACUGGGGGUGGGAGGACAUGUCUCCCUUCACUGCCAGCACGCUGCAGUGGUUACCAGGGGAGCCAAGUGACUCAGGGUUUUGUGCGUACCUGGAAAGAGCUGAGGUUGCUGGACUCAAAGCCAAACCCUGCACUUCCAACACAGAGGGGCUGAUCUGUGAGAAGCCAGUUGUGAGCCCAAACCAUAGCGUGCGUCCAUGUAAGAUGCCCUGCGCCCUGCGAACCACCUGUGCCAACUGCACCAGCCAGGCCAUGGAGUGCAUGUGGUGUGGCAGCACCAAGCGCUGUGUGGAUUCCAAUGCGUACGUCAUCUCCUUCCCCUAUGGCCAGUGCCUGGAGUGGCAAACUGGAGACUGUGGCGCUCAGAACUGUUCAGGUCAUCGUACAUGUGGUCAGUGCCUGGGACAGCCUGAUUGUGGUUGGUGCGGAGACCCCACGGACACAGGUCAGGGCCAGUGUAUUGAGGGAUCAUACCGUGGACCAAUGAGAAGCCUGAGCAGACAGAGCCGAGAGAGGGUAUUGGACACCAGUAUCUGUUCAAAGGAAAAAGGCUAUGACUGGGCCUACAUAACCUGCCCAGCAUGUCAGUGUAACGGACACAGUGUGUGUGUUAACGGCAGUGUAUGUGAACAGUGCAAGAAUCUCACAACUGGGCCACAGUGCCAGAUCUGUUUACCUGGUUACUAUGGAGAUCCAACUAAUGGAGGGAAAUGCCAAGCCUGCAGAUGUAACAACCACGCUACCGUGUGCCACCCCAACUCAGGGAAAUGCUACUGUACCACUAAAGGGGUCAAAGGGGACCAAUGCCAACUAUGUGAUUCUGAAAAUCGCUACCUUGGCAACCCACUUAGAGGAACAUGUUACUAUAAUCUUCUGAUAGACUACCAGUUCACCUUUAGUCUGCUUCAGGAGGAUGAUCAGCAUUACACAGCUAUUAACUUCAUGGCGAAUCCGGAAGAGACCAAUAAGAAUCUCGAUAUGUCAAUUAAUGCAUCUAACAAUUUCAACCUGAACAUAACGUGGUCCAUUGGCUCAACAGCGGGUACGAUCUCUGGGGAGGAAUUCCCCAUAGUGUCCAAGACUAACAUCAAAGAGUACAGAGACAGCUUUUCCUAUGAGACAUUCUCCUUCCUUGCAAAUCCCAACAUCACUUUCCAUGUUUAUGUCAGCAACUUUUCAUGGCCAAUCAAAAUACAGAUAUCCUUCUCUCAGCACAGCAGCAUCAUGGACUUGGUGCAGUUCUUUGUCACUUUUUUCAGCUGUUUCCUGUCCCUGCUGCUGGUUGCUGCUGUGGUUUGGAAAGUCAAACAGACGUGCUGGGCAUCACGCAGGAGAGAGGCAGGCAGAUGCCUGGAGCAUUGUCUAAUGAACGCUUUCCACCUUCCGGCCAUGCAGUUCACCCAACAGCCCUUCCUCUGUUCCUCUAUUAGAUUAGCGCUAACUGACGCAAUCCUUCACAGCCAGGUGGACCAUAGAAGGGAGCAGAUAAGUUUCUGAGAGGGUGCUUAGAUCCCCUCCACUUGGACAAACUGAGCUCACAAAACAGACUGGAGUGGGUCCUCAAAGCCGAUUGAGCGGGGACAGAUGUCCUCGGAACGGCAUAUCCCUGAUCACUGGAGCAAAUCUCAUCUCUCAGCCAGACUGCGCUGCAGCCUUGCAUACUGAUGGUGGAGAUGAGAUGUGUCUGUGUGUGUAAUCACUUUGGGAGACCUAUGUUGGGUGUCUUGCCGGCUGGUUCAAGGAGAAGAUGAGCGUGGAGGACAGAGCAGCAAGGUUGUCUGACCACCACUCUUUUGUCCUGGAUGUUUGGGCUGCAGUUUAUUCCCUCCCACUCUAUCUCACUCAGUCGCAUGAGAGAUCUGGGCAGUGACCAAGACAAGCAAUUGGCACGUACAAGUACUGAGACAGACAAAACAGCAGGAGAGAGUGACAGAGACAAACACUUGCCAAACGAAAUGACUGUUUAUUGCAUAAAAACAAUAAAAGCCUGCCUUGUUGUGUCUGUCUACACCUCUCAGUUUAUUUAUUUUGUCUAGCUGUGCAUUUUAAGUAGAACAUAUGAAUUAGGGCUGUGCUUAUGCAAUCAUAUAUUGUAAUGGAUCUGCUUGUCUGUGUUUGUUUCAGACAGACUGUCAGUUUGUGUGUUAAUGGAGAGGAUUUUUUCAGUGAGUCUUUGUGCAGGAUACAUCGUUACGCCAGUAGGUGGAGACAAGUAACUAUCUUUACGAGUGAAUGAGUGAGUAAAUCAAUCAUUCAACCAAUUCAUUCAAAUACACUGAUUCACUUAGGAACAAAACAAGUCACUAGGUGUGUUCGACUUGAUGCGGCCCUGUUGGUGUAUGACAUCAAAGUACAACGAGAGUGAUUUGAAACAUACGGAGCACUCUGCUUUCUUAUCGCACUUGCGGUACUUUGAUGUCAUAUGCUGAUCGGUCUGUGCAGUGCCACUUCAAGUCGAACACACCUACUCUCUUUAUGAAUGAGUUAGCAGAUUUGUUCACAUCACCAUAAUUCAUUCAGUAAUAAAACAAGUGGCUGACUUUCUAAGUCACCGAAUCUUCACUCAAACAGUUCGUUCAAACACACUGAUUCAUCCAACAACAGAUUUAAUCAGCUGUAUGAGUAAAGUCCUAUUCGCAUGAGAUUAAUACUAUCUGGUGAUAAUACUAUCUAGUCAUUUGUAAUAAUUGCAGAGGUUGUCUGUGAUCUUAAUCCCAUGCGAAUCAGCCAUGUCUGUAAUUUAUAAAGUAAAACUUCCCCUGCAAAUGUCCUGCCAUAUUUCGCUGAACACCGAUGUCCUGUGAUAAUAUUAGUCCUGUGCGAAUCUGCAUCUCUGUGAUUUGGCCAGGAUUUGGUGCAGUCGUAUAUCAUUUUUUUCAAGGUUUUUGUUUCCUGUGCACCUUUUUAUUCAUCUUUUGCGAAGAAUGGAGGCUGCGAUGGAGUGUUUUGAUAGUAUUUUGGGUGCUGGGUCAUAUUGCUAUACACCAUACAACUAUAAAAUUUGCAGAAAGAGAAAGCUGAAAACCACCUGAAGAGUGAAAACAAAAAGAAUGAUUGGAUUGAGAUGGUUGACAUGCGGUAAGGAACAUUCUUCUGUUUAUGAUAUAUUAUACAACUAGACCUAUAACAUGUUACGCGAAGCCUUGACAUCAUAUCAAAUUCAAGUAAAAUCACAGGUUUCGCUUAUCCCCUGUGAAUGCGCCACACGAAAUUCAGAUGUGGUAAUUUCUAAAUCACACAAGGUCCCCAAAUAAUACUAACCCCAUGCGAAUAGGGCUUAAGUCAGUGAAUCUUUCACUAAACCAGUUUGUUCAAAAAUCACUGAUUCAUUCAGGUGCAAAACAAGUCAGUCUUUAUUCAUUCAACCAAUUUGUUCACAACAAUAAUGAAUUCAUUGUUCAAACAAAUGACUGACUUUAUGAGUGAGUCAUUGAAUCAUUUACUCAAACAGUUUGCUCAAACACACUGAUUCAUUUAGCAACAAAUAAGAGACAGACUUCAUUCAUUCAGUGGACCUUCCCAACAACUUUCCUCACAAAAGCAUCAUAAACCUCAGAUUUUAUAGCUAAAUGAGUGGAUCUUAAUGAAAUCCAAUUUGACAGCCACUUUUAUUCUGUGAUUUACAGAUAUAUUUUAUAAGGUCAUUUGUUUUCUGGGAAUUAAACAAUGGCUGAACCUUGUAACCUAAAAGUGUCUACUAAAUGAUUCAAGUUUGCUAUUUAGUUUAUUUAGUUUUCUUAACUAUAUACAGAUAUAAUUAUUUGCAUUUUAUUAUUUGUAUAUGGCAUUUUUUAAUUCCUUCUGUCUACAACCCUCUGACUAGCCACCAGUCGAGAAAAACUCAUUGUGUUUUGAUUCUGCUGAUUAGCAGUUUGAGUGAUCUUAUCAUCCCUACAGUAUUCGGUGCUGCUGUGUAUGGUUUGAUGGUGGUCAUUGCAGAAAGAAAGAGACAGAGAGCAUGAAAAGGAGUCAGACAUAGCUAGCGCUGGGCACUAAUUACCUCUAGCCUGCCGCCACUCAAGUGCCAACAUCUGCUGCAAUCAGGCCAGUUCUGCUCUCAUCCGAGGAGCUAUUGAAGAGAAAGCCUCUCUCAAGAGUCAACAAGCAGUCAAACAGCACCGGCUCUACACUUAUCUCGUUCUCCCUUUGCUUUAAAGACUGCAGUGUGAGGACGGCUAGUUUAAAGGCAAGAAGAGUUGUAAAAAGUAUGUAUGUGAGAUGCAUGCAUUUAAGAGUAUGUGUGCGAGAGAGGGGAUUGUGUGCAUAUGCCUUUCAGUGUGUUGUAAUUGCCUCAAGCCUUGUAGAUAUGGCUCAUGUUACAUUUGCAUAUGCAUCUACGAGCCUAUUUAUACUCGUUAGUGGCUCGCAUUAAAGGCGAACAAAUCUUUAAGUCAGCCAUAUGCUCCGUUUACUUGCUUAAUAAUUGUUUGUGGAUAUUUUUCAAUUGAAAUGGCACAUGUAUUUUUAUAAGACACGUAUUUCUUACAGAGAUAUUUCACUCAAAAAUACAAAUUCAGUAAUUUUAUUCACCCUUGUCAUGUAUCACCACCUGUAUCAUGACUUUCUGUCAGUGGAACAUGAAAGAAGAUGAAGAACGUUGAAGAAUGUUGCUAAACAAUAUUUGGAAUCCAUUGACUUCCAUUGUAUGAAUUUGGCGGAGGAAAAAAAAAUAUUCUCAAAAUAUCUUCAAAAUCAUCUUUUUAAUGGUGCACUUUGCAGGAUCCAAAUGAGGUGGCAGUUUGAAAUGCAGUCCAUAUUCACAUUUAGAUCUGAAUCUUCCUUUGUUUACAUUAUAUUUAAAGAAACAAACCAGCUCAGCACUUUGGGACGUCUGUUUGUCCCACUGUGACUAUGAUUUUUUUUUUCUUUUUUCUCGACUGUGCCUUUGUUUGCUUCUGGGUUCAGAAUCUCUCACAGUGGGCCUGACCUACGUUGUCUUAUAAUAUGCCCACCUUUUACUUCAGUUAGCAUCUUAACUUCCAGAUAUCCACAUUUACUUCUCCGGAUACUGUGACUUUCUGGAAGUUUUUUGAUUUUUGGUUUGAGACAAUUCUCAGAUAGAAAAUUAAUUGCUGUUAGUUCCUCUUCUCGUAGACUCAGGCUAAACUCUGCUGUAGAGCUGCUGUGAUGUUGUGAGGAAUCUCGCUGGCCUCGUUUCCAGACGCCUGUGGAGACAUCCCCUGCUGUCGUCCCUACAUGGUUCACUUUGGUCUGCUCAGACGAAACAUUUACUUCAUAAUGUGCAAUAUUUUGCAUGCCGAUGCUGCAUACGUUUUGGAGUGUUGGGGUUAUUUGUGCAUUUUCUGGUUUCUGUAAUAAGAAUCUAUCCCUGAAGGUUGUGCUUAUGACUUUUAUUCUUUGUUGCUGCCCUGUCGUGCUUCUGAAACAUAGUUUUGGAUGCCAUCGGUGAAGACUGGCCUCAAACAAGAUGGUUAAAACAAGCCUGCUCGCUCAGCCCAGGGUUGAGUCCAGAUUGCACUAAUACUUCAUUUAACCAACUUUGAUAGUUUCAUCAAAUGGUAAAUCAAUAUGUAGUACAUAAAUAAGAGUAAAGGUAAGCACUACUUACCAUUAAUGCAACAUCUAGUGCUGCAUGGUUGUGCUUUUUAGUCAAUUCCUAUAUUAUUUUUAAGCAACACAAUUUAAUUGUAAAAUGAGACAAAUCAAUUUCUAUCUGUCCAUUUGAACUGUAAAGAAUGAUACUUGAUAAUUCAAUAAAAAAGGAACUAGAGAAAUUAUGAAGACUGACGGUAAUUAUAUAAUUUGAAAGAAAAUCUUUUAAGGGAAAUAAUGACCAUUUAUAUUAUACAAUAAAUAUGCACAAUUUUUUUAAGUCAUCAUUUUGAAACGUUGCUAUUCAGUCUAGUUCAUUCGUCAUUACCAAGUAUGCCAGUCGUUCAAUCUAGAAGUUAAUUGUAAAUGUAAAUAGAGUGCAUGACUUUCAUGUGUACAUAUGAACUUGUUUAACAGAAUGCACUUUUCCUGAUUCAACAGUAUAAUGACAUUCCUAAUUUCCAGUAGAUUAAAUUUGCACUGUAAUUUCCUCUAAAUUAAAUGUGGGCAUGGUUUGUGGGAAAGUUGAUGGAAGGUCAUAAACACGAUUGGGCAUCCUUCUCAGCAUCAGCAAUCCUUCUGAGAGUCUGAAUGUUUUAUCCAGGUUGAUAAUGCCAUAACGUCCAUCCAUAUUACCAUCUCACCUGAAGGACAUAAGACUGCACUAUCCUAUCCCGUUUCUCUCUGUUUGUAUGCUUUAUUAUCCAGAAGCAAAGCUCCAUAGGGAUGCUGGUGGAUUCUGCCUCAUGGCCCUUGCUGGAGAUUGGUAUCGAUCAGAGAUUGAUUGGGUGAACUCCUCGUUAAGGGGAUGUCGAGAUGAAGCUGUAAAUCUGCUGAAUCAUAUUUCAGAGGCUGACUCGCAUCGAUGUGGCCCACCAGAGUGUUCUUCAAUUGGUGGAGGACUUCACCAUCUUUCCUGCCUUCCAUUGUUUGGAUAAGCUGGAUUAGCUGCUCCAAGGAAAUUAGAGGGCAAUGACAGACCUUGAUUAAGAUAUCUGACAAAGUCAGACCAAAGUUUUAAAGUUUUUUCUUCCUAACAAGUUUUCUUACCAUACUGAAGUUGAAAUAAAAGAUGACCCUUGAGGCAAAGUGCAAAGACGGUUUGCUUUCACCUUUAGAAAGAAUAUAUUAAGUUCGUAAUUUAGAAUCAAGUCAUAUCAAAGGAUACUCUAUUAAAAGUAAUCUUGUAUUAGAGUUUUUGAUUUACUGGAAAAUGUCUCUGACUCUUCUCUUUGGGAAGAAUAUUGUGAGGAACUGUAGAUGAAGGGUAUUGAGGGCACUGUUGCUGUCACAGGAAGCAGAUAUGUCUAUGCUUGUGUCCUCUAUUUUGGUAGCUGUGAUUUACUCAACCUUGAAGUCAGGAGGCAACUGCUUUACAAACACUAAUAGAAUAAAGACUUGUUGUCGGUGGACUGUGACUGCAGUGACAGAGGAGUUCAACUAAAGUUGAGGUCACACUAUAGUUUGUGCUUUGUUCACUUCAUACGCAUUUAAGCAUAUAGGAGAUGGAAAUCAAAAUACGUGUCAGGUAUUUUGCUGCCUUUCUAAAGAUAAAAUCUGGGCAACUAUGACCUUAAGAUAUGUACAGUAUAGCAGGAAAAAAAAGUAAGACC